ACGACGAGGAGGACGAGGACGGGAAGGGGAGCGUCUCGUGUGCCUGGAGAGCAUCUAGGACAACCACAGCUGAGGUCGUGGUCCCCGUCGUCACACAGAAACGAUGAGCAUCUCAGCCUUUUUGCAGAAUACCCAUCCGCUUUUUCGGUGGAAGCUGAGCUAUCCUCUUCCUCUACCAGCUCGGGCCCUACCAUUCACCGCCUGAAUCAGCCGCCAUCUGGUCACUGCUCACUCCCUUCCCCCCAGGUCACAGCCAGAGACAUGUGAGUUCUGCUGAUGACAAACCACAAUCAUUUCCUUAGCCUACCCGGGUUUCCAGGCCUAUGGAAAGGGAGCUGAUGUGUGCGUGUGAAGAAUUCUCCCAAGAGCAGACAGACUAAGAUUUUCCCACUUCCAAACCAGAACCCAGACGCUCGACCAAAAAGCCGAAACACCUGCCUCUUUAUGGGAACCCCUGGAUGAGUUCUACAGAAUUCCAAGAAGAUUGUUUGCUGAGAUUCUUUGCAGCGGAGGAGCAUGAAGCAAGAGAUGCCUCCCUCUACUCACUGAACCAGCAAGGUCUGCCAAAAUGUCUGAAAGAUCAGAUCUCCUUCACUUCAAGUUUGAAAAUUAUGGAGAUUCAAUGUUACAAAAAAUGAACAAAUUAAGAGAAGAAAACAAGUUUUGUGAUGUUACGGUUCACAUAGAUGACGUUGAGGUUCAGGGCCACAAAAUUGUUUUUGCUGCGGGCUCCCCUUUCUUAAGAGAUCAGUUUUUACUGAAUGACUCGAGGGAGGUGAAAAUCUCUAUAUUGCAGAGUUCAGAAGUGGGAAGGCAACUGCUGUUAUCCUGUUACAGCGGGAUUCUGGAGUUUCCCGAGAUGGAACUCGUCAAUUAUUUGACGGCGGCAAGCUUUCUCCAGAUGAGUCAUAUCGUAGAAAGAUGCACCCAGGCCCUGUGGAAGUUCAUAAAGCCCAAACAGCCAUUGGAGGGCAAAGAGGAAUGUGAGCAACACAGCGAUUCUUCAGAGUCCAAAGAUGACCGGGGAGGUGACCAGGAGUCUCAGAAGCAGGACUCGCCCUGCGUUCAGCCCUCCGAGGAUAGCAUGGACAUGGAGGACAGCGAUAUCCAGAUCGUCAAAGUGGAGUCUAUCGGCGAAGUGUCAGAGGUGAGAAAUAACAAGAAGGAACCGAGUCAGUUUGCCUCCCCUGAACCCGCUGCUUUGCAUUCGUCCGAACCUCAGCAUUCCUUAAUCAAUUCAACGGUGGAGAACAGAGUGAGCGAGAUCGAACAAAACCACCUCCACAACUACGCUCUCUCUUACGCAGGGAGCGACGGCGUCAUCCUGGCCUCCAAAGACCUGUUUGGCCCUAAUCCCCGGGGCGUCGACAAAGGCCUUCAGUGGCAUCACCAGUGCCCCAAGUGUACCAGGGUGUUUCGACAUCUGGAGAACUACGCCAACCAUUUAAAGAUGCAUAAACUCUUCAUGUGUUUGCUCUGCGGCAAGACUUUCACCCAGAAGGGCAAUCUCCACCGGCACAUGAGGGUCCAUGCCGGGAUUAAACCUUUCCAGUGCAAGAUCUGCGGGAAGACCUUUUCUCAGAAAUGCUCCCUCCAGGAUCAUCUCAACCUCCACAGUGGCGAUAAGCCCCACAAAUGUAACUACUGUGACAUGGUCUUUGCCCACAAACCCGUUUUGAGGAAACACCUUAAACAGCUACACGGUAAAAACAGCUUUGAUAAUGCAAAUGAAAGAAAUGUGCAAGACCUAACUGUGGACUUUGAUUCUUUUGCCUGUACCACUGUCUCAGACACCAAAGGGUGCCCGCCGCAACCCGAGGCCACCCAGGUUCUGGAUGCAGGUAAACUGGCCCAGGCUGUUCUCAGUUUAAGGAGUGACGGUGCCUGUGUUAAUUAGCUAGGUGUGGACACACACGGCUGUCUGACCAGGGAUGGGCGAGGAGUAGAGUGAGACCUGGGCAAUUAAUUGAAAGAGCAGGUACGGCGGGUCGGAUUCCCCAGAAGACCCUCCAGGUAGUCUGGGCUAAAGAAUGGGGGAAGAGCAGAGUGAGAUCUGGGCCACCGCGAAGGAGCGGGUCUGGCUGGUCGGGAGCCUCCAAAGACCCGCCGGGCGGUCUGGGCAAAAGCCUGGGGGAAGAGUAGAGCGAGAUCUGAGCUCUCGAAGGGGCAGGUGUGGCUAGCCGGAUUCCUCGAAAGACCAUCAGCUGGUCUGGGCAAAGUCCUGAGAGUGGGCCUGGCCACGUCCCAUUUAAAGCUGUCCCUCCGACUCCCCGUCCCGUCUCUGGGGGCGAAUGACUUUCUCCUCAUUUGUACCUUUUCCCGUCUCAAGGAGGACUCCAUCUGGGAUGCAUCACCUUGGCUUGUGUUUGGGGCCGACCUUGGCCCUCGGUCCUCCCGUGGGACGUGGUCAGAUAGUAGCAUUGAAGUAACCGCGUCUAUCCUCUGACCGUCAACCCUGUGCAGAGAGGAGAAGAAAGCCUUAGGAGGGGAGGGGCUGAGAUUCAAGUUGACCCUGCCGUGGUGCCCCCAAGAGCCGAUAGAACCGCUGGGGUUGGUUCAGUAGCUGAUUUCAUCUGUCUCUGUCCAGGGUCUCACAUUCUCCUCUCAAGCCAUUUGUGUUUGUGUUAAAGCUGUUUACAUGAAGUAUUUUGGUUCUUUCUACACCCUCUUCUAAAAAGCAGUAUUAUGCCCUCUCCCCGACAGUUCCAAGUUAUUCACGUAGAGCGGGGUUCCACGGGUACUAAGCCCAAAAACUUUGUGUCAGUGGGUCACCCGAUCAAAAAUCCUGCCGAUGCUCUUAAAGGCAAAGCUACCGAAGGCACGUUCACGUGCUGAGAAAUGGUGAUCUCUUGACAGUAAAACAGCUACUCCAGAAUCUAGGUACUUUGCUUCGAGCGAACCAUAGGCAGUUUGAGUUUGGGUUAUAAGAUGUGUUUUCCAUGUAUUAAUAUUGCCUUGUUGAUCCGGAAUUUUUCCAUAAAUCAUGAACACAUCAUCCUCUACUCCUAGGGUACCUUGAUCGGUAAUACUGCCGUCAACCCAUCACAAAAAGAGGCAAACUCAGGACUUUUCCCCCCCGGCAGGUACUCAUGCUCCACUCCCCAAUCUGCUACUAACUGAGACCACGUUGGUCAGUCUAUGUAGAUAGAACCGUUUUUCUUGAAGAAAAUGUUUGGGCCUGUAAGUUUGGGAGUUGUUUCUUGGUGUUGUGUUCCUUAGAUUUAGACAUGGUAGAUCUGUGACUAUGGUAUAGGUCAACAUGUGGCAGCAUACCCCUUCUUGGUCUAAAAAACAAUUAAUAAAUAAAAUACAUAGAAGAAACCGUACGAGGUCAAAAGAGAGACACUCUUACAAAAGUGGUACAGAAAGUGCUGUGCUCUUACUUUCUCCUCAGAUUCUCUGUUAUCCUCCAGAGGCACUGGUAGGCAUGAGCUGAAGGUUUUCGAGUAAAAUAGCUUUUGGGGGUUGAUUCCUUUUCAUCAAUUUUGUUUUUUUUCCUAUGGUGUUUAGCGCUUACUUUGUGCCUGGCACUGUUCUAAGCGCUGGGGCAGAUAUA